CAUAACCAGCCACAGCUUUUUUUAAGAUCAGGACGUUGUUUCAUGUCAGAACUUAAUGCAAUCUCGAAAUUAUAUCUGAAAUUAUAAACUAUCUAACCUACACGUUGAAUCGAUAAUCUCCGGAUGGAAUCAAAUGAAUAUUUUACGUUUGGUCAUUUAUUGCGACUCGCGUGGUGCCAUCGUCGAGUAGGGUUUCUGGCCAUUUUAACAUUUGUCUUGAUUUUAUUGUGGCGAUCUACUUAUCUCCCUAACGACAAUCAUCGAUGGAGUACAUCGUAUUAUUCAAGGUUCUACCGUGAAAGAGAGUUACUUAGCAGGAAACCCAACAUUGUUUUUAUAUUAGCGGAUGACUACGGUUGGAAUGAUAUUGGCUACCAUGGGUCAUUCAUAAAAACUCCAAACCUUGACAGGCUUGCAUCUGAGGGAGUAAAGCUGGAAAACUACUAUAUUCAACCAAUAUGUAGUCCUUCAAGAUGUCAACUGAUGACUGGCAGGUAUCAGAUCCGUUAUGGGUUGCAGCAUAGUGUUAUCACUAGUGACCGUCCUCAUGGUCUGCCUUUAGAUGAAGUCACCCUACCCCAGAAAUUGAGAGAAAAUGGAUAUCGCAGCUACAUUGUGGGCAAAUGGCACCUUGGAUUUUUUAGAAAAGAAUACAUGCCCCUUCAAAGAGGAUUCGAUAGAUUCUAUGGUUACUUGACGGGUGGUGAAGACUAUUGGACACACAGGAGGCCAAACGGUUACGCAAGAGAUCCAUCAGCAUUUCAUGGGCUGGAUCUACGAGACCAAGACAAGCCUGUGUUGGAUCAGAACGGAACAUACUCUACCCAUCUGUUUGCUCAAAAAGCAAUCGAAUUUAUUCUAAGCCAUGAACGGAGCAAGCCGAUGUUUCUCUACCUGCCCUUUCAAGCCGUGCAUUCACCUCUCGAAGCACCUACGAAGUACGUCGAGAAAUACAAGGACGUUACACACCCUCUUAUCAAGAUUUAUGCGGCGAUGGUGACAGCGAUGGACGAAGCAGUAGGAAAUGUAACCGAUGCUUUAAAAAGGACAGGGCUAUGGGACAAUACUGUUCUAAUCUUUUCUACGGAUAAUGGAGCGAGGGAAAACGCUGGAAGUAAUUGGCCAUUGAGGGGUUGGAAAAAUACAUUAUGGGAAGGCGGAGUGCGAGGUGUUGGAUUUGUCAACAGCAAACUACUUAGAAAAGGAAACCGAAAAAGUGAUGCUCUUAUUCACAUUUCCGAUUGGUUUCCUACUUUACUUCGCAUCUCUCGUUCCGUUUCGAAUGGCACAAAACCAUUGGAUGGAUUUGACAUCUGGGACACAAUAAGCACGGGAACACCAUCUCCGAGAAAAGAAAUCCUCCAUAACAUUGAUCCUCUUCAUCGGAAAACGGCUUCGUCCUCGUUUAAUUUACUAUAUGACGAUAUAUUCAACAUCUCCGUUUACGCUGCCAUCCGAUCUGGAGACUGGAAGUUACUGACGGGUGAUCAAGGCCAUGGCGGAUGGAAAGAUUCAGACACAUCAGGAAGCAAAUUCGAAUAUGCUGUCGACCCCCCGACUAAACAUCUGUGGCUGUUCAAUAUUCGCAAUGACCCACAGGAGAGAAGUGAUCUGUCUGAUCGGUACCCGGAUGUUGUACAAGAGCUGUUACAGAAGCUAGCGGCAUACAACAAGACUGCUUUGCCUCCAUUUUGGCCCUCUCGUGACCCCAGGGCUAAUCCUGCCUUACAUGGAGACCUUUUUGGACCCUGGCUCUAGUAGUUAACGGUAUACGUAGGCUCUUAACACCGUGUAGACGCGUGUCGGCGGUGAUGGCUAAAAGUGCACGCUGCACCUUUCAAAUCAUAUAGAUUCCCAAAGGCUUUUCCAUAACUAUGCCACCCGAUUGAUAUAUCAAGGAAAUCCACCUUAAUUUAUAACGUCUUAGUUUGCGCUUUUAUCCGACAGUAUGGGGUCAUUUUUGACCCCAGGCGUAUUUCUUUAUCUGCCAUAGCGACAUUUUUCAUCGGAGGAAAAAUUCCUUCCAUGAAUUUAUUUGUAUGUCUUACAACAUCUAACAAUUUUUCACCGAGUUUUGCCCAUUAUUGUAUAAGCUAUACAUGAAAGUUUGUGUCUGGUUCGGUGGGGUCAAAAUUACCCCCAGCCAAUUAUGAAUCAUUAAUUACGAAAAAUCAAGAAAUUUCCAUAAAAGAACAUGUAUUCUUUAUUAUUGUAUUACAGCAACAAGUUAUUGUUUCUUAGAUGAGUAGACACCGAAUAUUUUGAAUGAAAGAAAUAUAGUAUUUAGUGUAAAACAAAGUUUUUCAACAUUCUGCAUAAUUAUGACGAUAAACACUAAUAACAUAUGCUAAUGAAAGUAAAAAAAUUUCUAAUUAAUUAAAAAACAAUAUAUGUACAGAAUCUGCAGAAGGAACCUACGAGAAAGAUC